AGCUUUUAAAAAUUAUUUUUUUUCUAGAAUACCAUGACUUUAUUCAAGUGUUUGGCUUCUUACGUUUACAAAAAAUAACUUUGAGGCUAACUAGGCUAGCUAGGCUAACUAGCUAGCGAGCUAACCAGUUAGCCAGUGGUUAACUAGCUAGCUCGCAGGAUCAUGGGUUUAGACCGUGAGACAGGUUAGUUUUUUUCAGUAAUUGAAUUUAGUUUUGUUUCUCAUAAUAUUAUGACUGUUUUUCCUUAAUAUUUCAACCUGAAGCUUUUAAAAAUGAUUUUUUUUCCCAGAAUAUCGUGACUUUAUUCAAGUGUUAGCCAGUUAGCCCUAGCUAGCAAGGAACGUGAGCUGGGUUUAGACCGUCGUGAGAAGAAAUUCGUUGCCUGAGAGACGGCUGUAUUUGGAUCACUUUAUGCAUCUCCAGAGAGGACUGCAGUGGAAGUCUUUUGAUGAUGUCGCCGUAUGCUGAUGCUGAGGCCGCAUGUGCGCGCACGUGAGCUGCUCCCCCUCCCAUCAAGGCCGGACCGACCGCCGCCCACCCCCUCCCUUCUGUUUCCUCCUCAAAGCCCCGGCCCGCCAGCUGGACUCGUAUCACGGUCCACAAGCCAACACGUCGUCUGGGAAUGAUGAUGCGCGGGCUCCUGGAGAGCAGCUGGAGGAGGUUCGGCCCAGCGGGCCGGGGAUCGUACGACUGGGUCACGACGGCACCUUCAGGCCAGGACAAGCAGGGUUUCAACUGGAACGACCUGGGAGAGGACAGGAAGUACGAGCUGCUGGUCUACGUGGUCCUCCCCGUGGUGUCAGUGCUCCUGCUGGCCCUGGUGGCCAUCUUGGUGUACCGCCGCUGCUCACGCUCCAAGCUGGGCCUGGCCAGUAUCAUCGCUCUGGACCUGCAGGACGCCGAGAGCAGCGCAGAGUUCCUGUCCUCGCUGACCCGCAACGCCGAGCGCCACGCCAGCACCAGCUCCACCGGCUCUGACGGCGUCUUCGUCAUGGUGUACCUCCCCCCACCUUAUGAAGAGACCCUCACCAAGAUCACCCGGGCCGCCAGCCUCAGCAGCUCCAAGGACGCAGAGUCCAUCAAGAUUGAGGACCUGGAGGCCAAGCUGUGCCCGGAGAUCAGGUCCAGCGGUCGCUACGUGUGAUCAGACACUCGUCUCUCUCUCUCUUUUUUAAAGCUUGUCAACAAAGUUGAAUCAGUUUAACCUUUGACCCCACUUUUGGUUUCAUGUUAGCCUGAUUCCUCGCAGUGAUCCAGUGAGCUAGCUGCUCAGAACCACACUUACACCCCACUGUACACGGGACCAAGCCAACAUUGACCCCGAACGCUGCUCUGGAAGAAUGCUGGUCACCUUUUGGCAUCCGUCCUGUCAAUCCGGAGUCAGAAGUCCAGUUUCCACCAAGCAGCACACCUUCUGGUCCAUACCGUAUUGUAAUGUACCAUAAUAUAACGUAAUAUACCAUAGUGCAUCAGCACGUACCACAAAUUAAUGUACCAUUGUGUACUAGUGUGUGCCACUUUUGGCAUGCUUGAAGUGUUAGGAUGGAGCUAGAUGUUGAGAUUCCAUUCCACAAUGGGAACAAGACUCAAACCAAGAACAAUGUCCUCCAUUGUUGUCCUUAGACUCUGUCCAUGCGAUGAUGUCACUGUGCUAAUGUAGCUGACCCCACCUAGACACACACACACACACACGACAAAUCUACACUUGGACUUUCUAACCAUAAAGGGCUUGAUGGAAACACGGCUGUAUUUUUUUGAUUGUGGUGUUCUACCGCCCUCUGGUGUCCGUCAUUGACUGUCAUAAAAAUACUGUAAAUGUUACUCAAGCAACAUCAAGAUGUUCCUUUUUUUGCAACAGACAUUUAUAAAUACAGAAAAUAAUAUUAAAUAACAAUAAAGGGAAGCAUUAGUCUGCA